UGUAGCUAACAGUAGCACAGAGGACGCGGUGGCCGGUGGGAAACACUUGUUCUCGAGGCGUGUGUUUUUUUCUUUUAUCAUGUUUCCGUGGUCCGUGGCCAUUCUGUAUCUGGUGUGCGACGCGUGGUUAGGUCAAGCAUUUGAGGAGCACAUACCAUGUGGCAUGACACAGAAGGUGAAGAAUGGCGUCCUGUGCGACUGCAGCUCCUGCGACAGCAUAUGGAGCAGACAACAAAUAGAAACAGACGCGUGCUGUGAGUGCAGGUCUUAUCUCAUAUUGGAUUUAAGCCAACUGCAAGUGGAGUACACAACGCUAGGUGACGCUGUCGUCCUUGGAGACAAGGGAAAUAACUCUGUUCUGAAACAUAAUAAUGGCGGUCUGCUGUUCAUACCAAGCAAUAUUUGUGCCUAUCCUAAUAUACGAAGAUUAGAUCUUUCUGGAAACAUGAUCGUUGAUGUUCAAGACAUGUCCUGCUUGGGUAAACUUGACGAGCUGAAAUUGGAAAGGAAUCUUAUUUCUAGUUUAAAGCAGGAUACAUUUGCGGGGAUGUUCACUCUACGGAUUCUUGAUCUGUCCCAAAAUAACAUUCACACCAUGGAGGUCGGAACUUUAGGAAUUCACCUGCCUCAACUGAAGAGUAUAGAUCUCUCGUACAACGAACUUGAAACGUUUGACAUUUCCAAUUUCAAUUUAUACUCAUUUUGUGAAAUGAACUUAAACAAUAACAAACUGAGGAAACUUGUCAACAAUGAGUCGCUGAAAACGGAGAUGUUGGAGCACCGGGGACCAGGGAUGGUGGAUUUUCAGUUCAACAACCUUACAAUCUUCCCUGACUGGGAACAGCUCAACGUUGGGAACAUCUCCAGUUUGGGUCUGCUGUCUAAUUGGGGGUUCGACAUCAGGGAUAAUCACUGGAUUUGUGACUGCAUGCUGUACUCUUUUGUCAUGCUAGCUCAGAAACACUACAAGGCUAUCGACGGCCGGGACUACUUCAACGUCAGAUGCGAAAAUCCCCCUGAAUACCGAGGAGAGAUUGUGAUUCAAAUGGAUCCCGGAAAAUUGGUCUGUAAUCUGACUGAGCUCUGCCCCAGUGUCUGCACGUGUACAGGGCAGCCAUCUGUUUUGAACAUAUUCGUAGACUGUGUCAACGCCGGACUUACCGAGCUUCCGUUUGAUCUCCCCGACAUCGGCGGCCUCUCGUUAGUCAUUGACCUCACGGGAAACUCUAUAUCUGUUCUGGACGGCAGACCCUAUCUGUCCCGUGUGAGGAAUCUAGACUUGUCCAACAAUGACAUAACCAGAAUAUCUCCACAAGCUGCUAGACAGUUAAUAAAUGCAUCUGAAAUUAAUUUGGAAGGAAACAAAAUUAGCAUUUUACCCAAAGAGAUUCAACUCUUCCCUCCGUCAGUAAUCAAAUUAAAGCUUGAUCACAUCAUCUGUAACUGCACCCUCAGUUGGAUGGCUGACUGGAUGGAAAUCAACAAAUUCAAUGAAACACAUUCUACGUGCGUCUUGGAGGACACAGAAACGUAUAUUUCUCUGAGAGAGUAUUUGGAAGUUUGCACCCCCGAGGAUCUAACCCCCUUCAUCGUCGGCGGAAUACUUGGAACAUUGGCUGUCGUUGUAGUCGUCUCCACAAUUUUAUCCUAUGUGUUCCGCUAUGAACUACUCGUCUUGGCGCAUUACUACGUCAGUCCAAAAUGGCGGAAAUGGCGUUCAAGAGUACAGCCCACGAAGGAAAACGAUAUCUAUAUCUCCGUGAGUGAUGAUGUGAUUGUGUGGGUCAAAGAUAAUCUGAUACCCGACCUCGAAAACGAUGGUGUUAGUGUGUUUGUGCCAGAGCGAGAUACCGAUCCUGGCGAUGUGGAAAUAGACGCCAUAAUGAAAGGCAUUUCAAACAGUCAAAAUGCAUUCGUAGCUAUCUCCCCUGAUUACUUGGAAUCUCAAUCCAAGAUGGAGGAAUUUAACUUCCUGUGUCAGUCUCUAGUAAGAGGUUUUUCGGGAGUGUUGUGCCUAAUAAUAACAGAAAAUAUUGGCAAAACUAAAAAUCCUUAUCUAAGUGCCUUCAUGCGAGUAAAAUUAUAUCACUGCGGUAUGGAUGGAGCCACUGUGUCAAAAUCGUUACACAAAAUUAAGCCUAUUGGUAGGAGAAGGCAAUAACAUUACCAUACACACAAAAUAUACAAAGUAAGGGUCGAAGUGUGUGUCACCUCUCUAAUUAAGCCAUGAACAAGUGAUAUAAUAAAUCUUAAGGGAACAAAUGAUUAUAUUUAUGUCAAUAUUGCUGCAUAUUCUAAGUGUUAUUAAAAUGUAUUUA